AUGAUAGAUCUGAUUCGCGCUUUUGCGGCUAAACUGCAAGUUUUCAGGAAUUUUCCAAACUUGAAAAAAUAUAUGAACGAUUUAGAUAUACACAAGAAAACAGACAAAGAAAGAGUUACUGAAGAAUUUAUUUCUUUGAUUGAUUAUUUAAUCAAGGAAUUUUCAGCGAGAUUUACGCAGUUCAAGGAAUUAUCGGAAAUAAUCAAGUUUAUUAUGUACCCUGACGAGACGUCAUUUAAUAAAUUGAACUUGUCCCAAUUCGAUUGGUUGGAAACGAAGAAUUUGAAAUGCAGAAAUGAACAUUGA